AAGAAGAAAAACAAAAGGAAAAAUAAGAGCUCUCCUUCUAGCUCUUCCCAUGGCUACUCCUUUAGUCGCUCAUUCCGUUCUACUCUGUCAUCACCACUCAAAACAAUAUCCUUUCAAAUCGCAAUCACGUGUCGAUAGGGAUUUCCGUACGAAAACACUACUUGGUGUUUACAAUGGAUUCCAAAAUGUAUAUAACCAAUCUUAUUUUCAUAAGCCUUGGGCACCCAUUAGAGUUCUUGAGCCUAAUUUAAGGUUCUUGCAAAUGGGUCCUCAAGAAACCUGCUCUAGUCGACGAAUUUCCAAGAAAUCUAUGAGCUCAGAAGGCAGUACCAGUAGUACUAGCUCUUCAUCUAUUUCUCAACAGGUGAUUGGGAUCUUGCAUUUGCUUGUUUCACUUGGGAUUAUCCUUGCAAUGGAUAAGUUGUUGAAAAAGGCAUUUGUGGCUGCUGCUAUUAAGUUUCCAAGUGCUCUAUUUGGCAUGUUCUGCAUAUUCUCAGUUUUAGUCAUUCUUGAUAUAACUAUUCCGGCUGCUGCAACAAGCUUAAUGAACUUCUUUGAGCCAGCACUGUUAUUCAUUCAGAGAUGGCUUCCAUUGUUCUACGUUCCAUCAUUGGUUGUUUUGCCUCUCUCUAUUAAAGAUAUCCCUGCUGCAUCAGGUGUCAAGAUUUGCUUCAUCACAGCUGGAGGGUGGUUGGCGUCACUUUGUGUGGCGGGUUUUACAGCUAUUGCUGUGAGAAAAAUGGUGAAGACAGAAAUGACUGAUGCUGAGCCUAUGGCGAAACCCUCUCCUUUUUCUCCAUUGGAAAUGUGGGCUUGGAGUGGGGUCUUCCUUGUAUCAUUUGUUGUCGCCUUAUUAUAUAGAACGGCAUUGGGGACUGCAGCCAGAACAUGCCUUCCUUUCCUACUAGCAUCCACCGUGCUAGGCUAUAUGGUUGGUUCUGGGUUACCAUCUGGUGUUAAGAAGGUUUUCCAUCCCAUUAUUUGUUGUGCACUAUCUGCAGAUUUGGCAGCGUUGGCCUUUGGGUUCCUUUCCCAAUCCGGACUUGAUCCCGUUCUAGGAUAUUACCUUACAAAAGUUUCAUCCAAUCCUGGAGCUGGUGAUGUGUUAAUGGGAUUCUUGGGAUCUGUCAUUCUUUCUUUUGCUUUCUCAAUGUUCAAGCAGAGAAAGCUUGUUAAGAGACAUGCAGCUGAGAUUUUCACGUCAGUCAUUGUUUCAACACUAUUUUCAUUGUAUUCAACGGCUCUCGUGGGACGCCUAGUUGAGUUAGAACCAACAUUGACUGUAUCCAUUAUUCCCAGAUGUAUAACCGUGGCAUUAGCCCUCAGCAUUGUGUCAUUCUUUGAAGGUGCCAAUUCAUCUCUCACAGCUGCUGUAGUUGUUGUAACUGGUCUCAUUGGAGCAAAUUUUGUACAAGCAGUGCUCGAUAAAUUAAAUUUUCUUGAUCCCAUUGCUCGAGGAAUAGCAACUGCUUCCAGUGCUCAUGGACUGGGAACUGCAGCAUUGUCAGCCAAGGAACCUGAGGCACUUCCAUUUUGUGCCAUUGCUUAUGCUCUCACUGGUAUAUUUGGUUCAUUGUUUUGUUCAGUUCCUGCAGUUAGGCAAAGCUUACUUGCAAUAAUUGGCUGAAAGAUCGGCAACUUUUGGUUAUUGGUGGCCAGACACUUUUGAUUGAUUAUCCUUGUCCACCCACAGCAUGAUUUUUAGCAAGUACACAGUGCUAAUAGCCAACCUUGUAUUAUUGAUUACAGUCAAUUAUGUAUAGAAGUUGGCAUCAUCCUUCUGCAAAAA